GAGCCUCCCACUCCUCUCUCCCCACUUCCAAGUGGAACACUUGUGAGGAUAUUGGGACAGAAGAAUGGCUUUGGCUGUGAACAGCUUUGCUCUCCUGCUGGUAGUUGUGGCUGGAUUUUGCAUACAGCUCUAUCAAGGUCAUGACUUUCCGGGUCGUUGCUCAUGUCACAAUACAAUCAAAUUCAUCAAAGGCAAUAUGUCAGAUUUCCAAGUGCUUGAAAAGAGACCCGGCUGUGAUAAAACAGAACUGAUUGUAACUAUGAACAGGCCAGACAAUGCCACUGAAAAGAUCUGCAUGAACACUGAGGGAAGGAUGGCCAAGGCUUUUUUUAGGUGCUGGGACAGGAUAAACAAAGAUGAGAACCGGAAGAUGGAGUGCAUCGAAAGAAAAAGAAAGGCAGAGUGAAUGUCAUGUGCAGGGAAUCUCCAAGGAAGGAACUGCACCAGCAAUCCCAAAGUCACAUGAAUAUCGAGGCAGACAAGCGCAAGAAUGGUGAGAAAUGAGUUGAGGGGGAAAAAAAUAGUAGACUAGAAAAGCUGCAGAAGGAGCCAGGAAGGGGAUACAAUGCAUCUUAGAAUGGAAGUGAAGGAGUUCAGGGGUUAUAUACACAAAUGUAUGAUUUAUAACCCCAAAUCUGUGUAAAUCCACUGUUGCUAUCCAAUCACCUUGAAAUGUAAACUAUUUAUGGGAAUUUAUUUAUUUAUUUUAUAAAUGUUUUUUUUUUUG